CAAAAGAUUUCGAUAACUACAAUACAUCUGAAAUAUAUGAAGACUUACUUUUGUCAACUAACGAUGAUUCAGAUUAUUCUUCUACAUCAACAGCGACCGAUUCUACGGAAGGUGUCGUUACAUUGCCCGACAUCACAGAAUUAAAACAACAAGUUGGUAUAAAUUCUGUAAUAGCUUCCAGUAAUAAUUUUACAACGACUGUACCAUAUAUUUCCAGUAAUGAUGCUGCAUCUUUGGAAAAGAAAAAAACGUUGUCAGUAGUGCCUAAAAAAUCAGCAUUGAUCGCGAUGCCCCAUGUAAAAAGUGAUUCAGUAAUAACCUCGUCUAUUAGUAGUUUAAAACGAGACACCACGAUAAAACCUAUGGUUUCGGCUUCGACAUAUUUCCCAUCUAGCGCUAGUAUAGAUUCAUUCACAGAUCGACAAUCUAAUGAAGUUACCAAAUCUAAGAAAAUUGAAAAGCAAAGGGCAUCCGUUGCAAAUUUUACCGAUAACAAUAAAACAAGAGAUGAAGAUAAUUCUCCGCUGGAACAAGAUUAUAAAGUAUUGUGUUAUUGGGAUAAGGCGGAAUUGUUACUAAAAAUUCCUCCAUUUUACAAAGCCAUCAUAUAUGGUAAGCCUAAACUAUUGGAGUGCCAAAGGGAAAUAUUCAGCAAUUCUCCGCGAGCAUCCUUAAAGACUUUGCAAUUUGGAUACGACGAAUGUGGCGCCGAGUUAAACAUAAAUGGAGGUAUGAUCAAAUAUACCUUGGGCAUCAUCCUAACGACAACGCCUCCUCUAAUCACCAAGAAUUCGCAAUCUUUCACUAUUAUGUGCAGCUAUCCUAUAACCGAAAUAAAAGCCGUCAGUGACGUUAAUAUAUCAACUAUUAGGGUCUUGAGUCGAAUGGGCAGCGAUCAAAAGAAAUUUGAAAAUUUCGAGAUAAAUUUAAAAAAUACUCCCGCUCCAAUAAAUUGCUAUAUGAACGUAGUAGACAAGCGGAGAGAAUUGAUCAGCGAAGCUAACGUGGGUGAAAUACUCAUGCUAUACAUUAAAUGUUCAGACCCAUCAUACAGAAUCAAUGGUUACGAUUGCUGGGCAACCGACAUAAAUGACGAAAAGCAGAGAGUUCAGCUAAUAGAUGAAAAUGGUUGUUCCCUCGAUCCAGAUUUGGUGCAAAAUUUCCGCCGGCAAAAACGAAGUAACUCCAUUUUCGCGCUAUUCAAAGCUUUCAAAUUUCCUUUCGACUCUAACAUAAGGUUCGAAUGUCGCGUCAAACCUUGCAUAGGACAAUGCCAACUGAACAAAUGUGAACCAGAAACUUCUACAAACGAUAGUGAUCGCAAACGCAAACGCCGAGAUAUAAACCAGAUAAAAGGAAAAAUAGAGGAACCUAUAGACGCGAAAGUGCUCUACAGCGUUUUGUCUAUAAAAAAUAAGGGAUCCCAAAAGGCCGAAAAUUAUAUUGAUAAGCAAUCGACCUUAUUGACCAAAGACAUUAAAAAAUAUACCACUAUAUCAGCCAAAUCAUCACAUAACCCAUUCAUAUACCGUCCACUUGACAAUGUUCCCAUAACACUUUCUUCCACUCGGUCGUCGAAACUUAAAGGGAUUGCGGGGUCCAAAAAGGUAUUCUCCAACCCUAACAACGGUUCGAAUCCCGUCAGCCAUUCCAUAUUCAAAAAUUUCGAUUCCAUGUCUUCUUAUUCCCCUCGCCCGGGAUUCGUCAAACCUUACAACGAAAGCGAAGAGGAAAAGCUGAAAGUUGGUGGGAUAAUUUGCUUGUACCCGCGUUACCUAUUGAUCACGGCCGGAAUAUCACUCCUUCUCGUUUUGGUCAUUUUGUUCACGGGCUAUAUCUUUAACGCUAUUAUGUGGCAUAAGUGCAAGAGUGGGUCAUCCUAUGAUGAUUUUCAAAGUAACAAAGAUUCUUUAAAAUCUCAAGAUUAUCGGGGAAGAUUGGAAUCUAGAAACAAUCAAUUUGAUAUGUUCAACGGGAAAGCCCCAUUAAGAAUUAAUUAACCUCUUAUAAUAAGAAAAAAAAAUAUUUAUAUAAUAUCGAAGACCUCGCAAAGUGUAUAACAUAUACUUCCAAAAUGAAUUUUACAAAAAAUACUUAAUAAUUCUUAUUUAUUUCUAUCUUAAAAAUCUUCUUUUUUUUGUAGUAAAGAUUCAGUUCUAUCAAUUUACAAUUAUUUAAUCAUCAAAUUUCGAAUUUUAUAUCUUAGAAAAUGGUAUACUUUUAGAUAUAACUUCCUCAUUUGUAUCUAUCGAGAAUUUUUUUUUUCCCACAUAAAAUAUAGAAUUGGGUCUCGCUGAGUUCAAUUAAUUCAAAAAAAUAAUAACAACUAAGCUAAAAGGCCAUCAAUUAUAAAAUAUUUACCAAUGACCCAAAUUCUAAAUUUAUACACUACGACAAAAUAAUCAAUUUAAAUACACGUCCUU